CACCAUCAAACAAAGCAUAAUACCAAUUCGAAAAAACCCAAUUUCACAGAGAAAUUUUAAAAAAAAAUUCUCAGAAGAUGUCGGGUCGUGGAAAGGGAGGCAAGGGUUUGGGAAAAGGAGGAGCAAAGCGUCACAGGAAGGUUCUGCGAGAUAACAUCCAGGGGAUCACGAAGCCUGCGAUCCGAAGAUUGGCCAGGAGAGGUGGAGUGAAGAGGAUCAGCGGUCUCAUCUAUGAGGAAACCAGAGGUGUGCUCAAGAUCUUCUUGGAGAAUGUGAUUCGUGAUGCUGUGACCUACACCGAGCAUGCCAGGAGGAAGACAGUGACCGCCAUGGAUGUUGUCUAUGCUCUCAAGAGGCAGGGUAGGACUUUGUAUGGGUUUGGGGGUUAAAAGCUUUUGGUUUGGUUAUGGAUUUUUUAUUGGGGUUUAUUUGUUGGGUUUAUAUUUUGGUUUAGGGAAAUGUUAAAUCGGUAAUAUUCAGUUGGAAAAUGAAAUGAUGGGUUUUGACUUUUGUAAGCCAAAUUUUCUUUCUUUUGUAUGAUAUUGAAGAAAAUGCAAUCUUUUCCAGAUUCGUCUA